GAAUUUUGAACAAAUUGCUUCAAUACGCUAACGGAAUAGUGUGACCAGUCCAGCACAAAUUCUACAGAGCGCAAAGCUAAUUAGUAUAUUUCGAAAUUGCGGUCACGCUGACACUGCAACAGCGGCAAAUGUUUUUGUUUUGUCAGUUAUUUCAUUUGCUUAUGUAGCCUCCUAAAAAAAAAAAAGAUUACACAAAUUUGUAACAAAUUCCAUAACGACAUACGUGAUAAAUAGCACACAUACACACACAUAAUGUUUGCGCUAAAACGCCUGCCACGUUUCUGCCUGUUGCGCGCAAUCCAUCAACAGCAACAAAGCUCCACAGCCAAGUUCUCCAAAUACGCCACAACAGGUGCCAAAGGCACAGGACAGGAGGAAGAGACGCGUGUGGGCGGCAGUGGCAGUAUUGCCGAAGCUCUGCGCCAUGGACAGCGUGCCCUAGGGCAGCCCACAUGCUACACGCAUCCGCAUCUAAUAAAAGCCAAUGAACUUGUGCCCGGCGUGGAGCUGCGCGAGUUUCAAUUGCGGCGCACAUCACUGAUGCAGGGCCUUAAGGCAUAUGCCGAGAGCUUUGGCGAUGAGUUCAAUGGCCGAGCCUCCAAGAGUCAUAUGCUGGUGAUUGGCGCCGCAGCCAAAAAGUACAUGAGCGGCAAGAUACCGUAUGUGUUUCGACAGAGCUCGGACUUUUACUAUUUGACCGGCUGCCUGGAGCCGGAUGCCAUACUCAUGAUGACCAUCGACGAUGCGUCGCAGGUGCAAUCGACACUCUUUAUGCGCCCCAAGGAUCCGCACGCCGAGCUCUGGGAUGGACCACGCACGGGACCCGAAUACGCCGUCCCGUUGUUUGGUGUACAGCAAUCGUAUCCCAUCGACAGCUUUGCGCAGCUGGCGGCCAAGAGUGUGGCGCAUUUGAAGCCACAUCUGUGGUUCGAUCUAAAGCAUUCGGAGCUGCCGCAGUUGAACGAUGCCAUGCUGCAGCUGUGCAACAGCGAACGGGCACGCCUCCUGCCCGCCUACAGCUUUGUGGAAAAUAUGCGACUGCUCAAAUCACCGGCGGAAAUGCAAUUGAUGCGUCGCACUUGUGAAAUCGCUUCGCUUGCCUUCAACGAGGUGAUGGCGGAGACACGGCCUGGACAAUCGGAGCAUCAGCUGUAUGCAUCGAUAGACUUCAAGUGCCGCAUGCGCAACGCCAGCUAUUUGGCUUAUCCACCUGUGGUGGCUGCCGGCAAGAAUGCCACCGUUAUACACUAUGUGAACAACACGCAGCUGCUGCAGCCAAAGGAACUGCUGCUCAUGGAUGCGGGCUGUGAGUACGGCGGCUACACCAGCGACAUAACUCGCACUUGGCCCGUGAGCGGAGAGUUUACGGAUGCCCAGCGCACGCUCUAUGACAUGAUGGAGCAGCUGCAAAAGGAAACAAUUGAGUUGAUCAUGCAGCCAGGCGGAGAGUCGUUGGAUCAAUUGUUUGAGACCACCUGCUUUAAGUUGGGCAAAUAUCUGCAGGAGAUUGGGCUGGUGUCGAAGCAUUUGAGUGACUACAAGGAGCUGGCCAGUCAGGGCUACAAAUUCUGUCCGCAUCAUGUGUCGCAUUACCUCGGCAUGGAUGUCCACGAUACCCCGCAUGUGCCGCGCAACACACGCCUCAUGCCGGGCAUGGUCUUCACCGUUGAGCCGGGCAUUUAUAUUGAUGAGCAGCGCACGGAUGUGCCGCCCGAAUUCCGUGGCAUUGGCAUACGCAUCGAGGACGAUAUACUGAUCAAUGAGCAGGGCCAAGUGGAGGUGCUGACAGCCAAAUGCCUGAAGGAGCGACGUGCGCUCGAGAAUCUCUUCAAGGUGAAACCGCAGCAGCAGCAAGAUUGAAGCACAUAUUUCUGAACAAAAUUACUAGUCAUAAAUCAGUGUAACACAGAGAAAGAGAGAGAGAGA